GUACCAGAGUACAUAGGGCAUGUUUGUUAUAAGUGCCCUGCAACCAAUCAGUUGUUGUGCGAGAGCGAGGAGGAGCAUCCGAUGCCCGAUGAGCUGUUCAACUAUAGGGAUGCGAUGCUGCAUUCAGGUACCAUACGGACACCGAUGGUGACGGACGACUGCUACGACCUCAGCGUGGGCAUGCCAUUGCUCCCGGGGCAGUAUGAGACGCACGUCAAGGAACCCAAGGCGUUCUUCUGGGGCGACUGGGACAGCGACCCCACAACAUGGCCGACAUGGGUCUUCACGGACGGCUCGGCGAUACCGUCAAGCAUACCUGAGUUGCGCAGAUGUGGUUGGGUUGUGAUACAGAUGACACCGUAUGGAUAUCCAGCGAGAGCGGUAUACGGAGGUCUACCUGGGCCACAGCAGACCAUCGGGGCUGCAGGAAGGUAUUGCGUGCUCCAGGCGCAGCGAGACUACCCGAAGGCGACGCAGCUGGUCACGGAUUUAUCAGGACUGGUCGAGGAGGGUACUCGUUGGUCAGAGAGGGGCUCACAGUCACAGGCACGACGCGCGAGCUGGUGGAGGCGCAUUCGUGAACACUGGCGCGAGUCAGGCCGUACUCCUGUACGAUUCCACUGGUGUCCUUCUCAUCAAGAUCAUUUGAAGGUUGCGUGUGGUCCUGGCUCACAGCUCAAGCUGGACUGGGUGCUGGGCAACGCGUGGGCGGACCACUUUGCGAAGGAAGGCGCACGGUCGGUUGGCUAUGCUGAAGGCUAUGUGAACAUGUUCAAGAUGGCCAUGGAGCAUGCGAAGCUUGGUGCACGGUUUCUCAGCUACACGUUAUUUCUGGUGUUACAGCUCAAGAUUUGGGGAGACCGCGAAGUCAACGAACCCAAAGUAAGGACGCAGAAGGAUGAGGUGCAGGCAAUACAAGCGGAGGUAUUCUUCGGCUCCGCACGUGGAGAGGCCUUCGUACCAUGGCGCCGGGAGGCGGACACCGACGCGCUGGCGGCUGCCACCACAGUGCUGGGCGACGAAGGUGAUCUUACCCACCAACCAUGCGAUGCCACUGGGGCACCGCUGCUCCAAGCACAGGCCCACUUCACGGCACUGGGGCAUGUGCUGCAGUGGAGUGGGCAAGCUACGGUCUGUACGCGGUGCGCACGGGCAGCCAGUGAUGUGACGAAGAAUGUGCUGAAGCUGCGCGACAAGUGUCCAGGGGCUGCCCAAUGCCGCGAGGCAAGGCGCAGCCAGAUCAAGCGUAUCCUGAGGUUCGCCAAGGGCGUCUCGAUGGA